UUUCUCUCCUGGAUACGGUGGAUAUCUGAUGUAUACUGGAUGGCAGGUUAGUUGAUGGCAGGUUAGUUUAGUGUUCAUAUGACUGUGGGACAGACACGAGGCAGCACUCAGUGUUCUGCGUAUCCUGAUAGGAGCGGCGUCUCCUAUAGGCACAGUGGUUGGCAGGGGAUGUUGUUCCAGGAACAUACAUCAUAUUGAUGGCAGGGAAUUUUCCGAAUGUAGAAUUAGUCUCUUCGGACGUUGGCAGGGAUUUUACAAGUGGGAAUUAGUCUCACUUGACGGUUUAUUGAGUUACAGGAUAACUCCGGAUAUAUGUGAAUGAGUUAAAGGAUAACUCUGGAUUUAUGUGAAACAAGGAAACAAGGUACCAGGAAUAUAUGUAAAGGAAUACAUAUGAUACAAAGGAAAAAGUGAGGGAAACGCAUACAUCUCAAUGCAGAUGUUGGUUUCUAACUCACUAGGAUUGUCUGUGGAGUGAAUUGUUUAUAGAACAUAACUGUACGGUUAUAACUUGGAAGGUGACAUUGAUUACUGCAGUCUAUUAAGUCCAUAAAUGGUGUUGCCCAUAUUAGAUAUUUUACACGUGUGAUAAGAAUAUUGUACUGGUGGAAAAUCUGAUUGUGCUGGCUUAAUUGAUCCUCAACAAUACUAACACAAUUACUUGCUGCUAUUUCUACGCUGCUAUUUCCACCUCACUGUUUGCUGCUCAAAUAUAUAUAUAGAGUUUAUUGUCAAUUGCAUUAAGCAUUAUGGGUAACAGCGUGGGAAAGGAUCUGGAUGGUGAGCCAGAGACCAGACCCACACCGUUACAUUUUGUAUCAGGCACCUGUGGGAUUAGUGUAACUGAUCCAUUUUGGGUAAAUAUCUGUGACCGCAGUCAGCAACUGUGUAUUACGCAGAUCAGCGAUGUAGGUCCUCGCAAUGAAGGGGACUGGGAGGAGGUUAGAAAAAUGGUGGGGCUUCACCCUAAAUAUAACUAUCCAGCCGGUGCCUGGGAUGAAAAUUAUAUGAAAACAUGUUUUAAAAAAUGGGAGAAAGCAUUAAAAGAGUAUAGGAAGAGAUUUCCACCAACCCAUCACAUAUACUUAAAACAGGAUAGGGGGACAGUGAGUAAAGAGGAAGAAGUUCCAUGGUCAGAAAUUCUGCCCUCCUUACCAGAUAAACCACCGGCAUAUGAUGUGACGGUAUUAGAACCAGAAAAGGCAACACUCCCAGCUGUCUCUACGGAGGACAUGCUACAAGACCCUUAUGAUAAGGUCCCCUGUCCAAAACAAGCAACCGCACCAGAAUUAUUAUUAUUUUCUGGUGAAAACCAAAAGAGAACCGGACUGUACCCGGAUUUGGGGGAUAGAGAUUCCCUUGUGAAUACUGCAGUUAUAGUGGCAGCAGCACUUAGGGAACAAAAAGAUGUGGCUCCACAAGUCAAAGAGGCUCAGGAAAGGAGGAAGGAAUAUAGAAAAAGUAUGGACAUUUAUGUACAGGAGUUGACACAACUGAGGGAUAAACUAAAGAUAGACAUAGUCUACAUUAAACAACUUCCCCUUCAGGGUGUCCUUCCCAUCGCGUAUAAUCACGAGAACCCAGAUGAUACUGACCUUCCUAGUGAGGAAAGGAUGGAUGAAUUGAAGGGCAUUCUGGGAGGAGAAUGUGGGAAAACCAGAGCAGUGACUAACAAAAAAGACCAGCUGCUGACCGAGAUAGAAAAACUAAGACAGGAGUACAGGAGGGUAAAAAGGACUGGGAAACCAGAAGCUAUAAGUGUGAUAAAAGUGAAAGGACACUCUACAAAAGGAGAUUAUCAAGCUAUGGGAAACAAUUUAGCAGACAGAGCAGCGAAAAUGGCAGCCAAGAGAGACACGAGAAGGGAAAGUAAGUUAUUAUUCAUGACAGAUUUUGAAAGUGAAAACUGGGUGUCAGUAGUAUAUCAACUACAGAAGCAGUCUACCAGUGAGGAUAUCAAGUACUGGAAGUCUCAGGGACUGCAGAUGACAGGUACAGGUAUGUGGACAAAAGAUCGGAUAUUGGGGGUUCCCACUGCAUCAGCACCACUCCUAAUAUCCUAUCUUCAUGGUCCUGGACAUUUGGGAAAACAAUACAUAUCAGAACAUUACAAGUCACUGUUCUGUACACACCAAUUGCAGAGAUUGAUAGACGAUCUGGUCGACUCAUGCAUGACUUGUGCACAGAAUAAUGUUCAAGGAAAAGCACACGGAAGACAUGGGAAUCUACCACCCCCUACAGGCCCUCUGCAAGAUUUGCAGAUAGAUUACACACAUAUGCCAAAGCAACCCGGGAAUAUAAGAUAUCUCCUUGUAAUAGUCUGUAGGUUCUCCGGAUGGUGUGUAGCCGUACCUACUUCAGGAGAAACAGCUGGUGUGACAGCUAGGGCAUUGAUAAAUCAAUGGAUUUCAGUGUAUGGACUCCCUCGGGUAAUUCAUUCAGAUCAGGGACCUGCUUUCCAGUCCAAACUAAUACAAGAACUGACGAAGAUUCUGGGUUUCCAGUGGAAGCUCAAUAUAGUCUAUCACCCACAAAGUGCAGGAGUCGUGGAAAGAAUGAACCGAACCAUUAAGGAUAGGUUAAAAAAGGCCACUUCAGGAACAUUGAAGGAUUGGCUGAAAUUUCUACCCGCCAUUCUCUACCAAAUAAGAACGACACCAAAUAAACAGACAGGGUUGUCACCUUAUGAAGUGCUAUUCGGUAGACCCCCUAAUACCCGUGAGGAACCAGAUAUUGACAGUAACAUUUUUGCCUUGCAGGAGCAGUACGUGAAACAUUUGGUAGGUAUACUCUCGGAAAAUCAUGAUAAGGUUGCUGUCACCUUUCCUCCUCUUUCCACAGACCCAACUCAUCCAUUCUUGCCCGGAGACAAGGUUCUGGUGAAACAACUGGCUGUCCGCCACAAGACUGGUCCAAUAUAUCAAGGUCCAUUUGAGGUUCUAAGAGUGGCUCGAACGGCUGUCCUUACUGACCAGAGUCCACAGUGGAUACACGCCAGCCGGCUCAAGAAGACACCGGAAGGAGUCCAGAAGGAAUUCCCCGGACAAGCAUGAGUCUUUUAGACAAGAUGCCUUCAAAGGAAAUGACUUUGAUCAUACCCCCAAGCCUGCAAAAUAGAUAUGAGCGAUGGCUAAGAGGCUAUCCUAAACCACUUUGUCCAGAGGAUCCAAAGACUAUGCAGGACUUGUAUGAGGAAGAAUUUAUGUUCAGGGAGUAUACCAAUGAACUAGAGACUGAGGACUUGAAAGAUCAAAACUUUCCUGAACCAUUUAGUAAGCAGAUGAUUCAGAGAAUGAAAAUGGUGUGUGGUAUAAGGAAUGAUCAUGUGGAAUGGGAUUCCAUAUGAUCAAAGAGGGGACUGUAAGGAAAUUAUGUCUGUAUCCACACACACAUUUAUAUACAUGUAUUAAUUCAGCCUUAUAUGCUUGUAUUAAGAUAUGCAGAGUUCUUCUUUAAAGGAAAUAUUUUAUAACACCAAGCCUAGUAACACAAGCUGGCAGGAAGUGGCUGUCUGAAGCUCAAAACCGCAUGGCUAGAAAGAGAUAUGCAUGCUUUGCAAAAGAAUGCCACAUUUAUGAAGAAGGUACCUGGAGAGAAAACUGCUGAAUGCAUGACAUCAUAACUGCAGAAACAUAUAUACUCAUAUAUACCUUUGUACGCAUAUAUCUAACAUGUGCAUUAGAGAUAUAUUUUACACUUGCUAUAAUACUGGUUAUAUAAGCAUCUUGUAUAUUGACGUUCACCUUUUGUGAAGGACGUUUUAUCAGAUAAAUGUUGGUACAAAAUAAACAAAGAUAAUUCCGCGAAAUAUUUGAACAAAGCGAAGGUCGACAAACAUGGUGGUUAGAUAUCUAAAUUCUAAGAAUUAUAAAUGCGUCACAUAUGUACCUUGUUUCUGAGAAAUUAUCAUGACUUUUUUACUUUGGCUGUAUAAAGGGAAAAUUUAUCAAUUCGCUACCUGAUUGGACUAGACAUGGGGGAGGUAUACGCUAAUUUUGUGGUUUGAAGCUAUAAAUUGUCUACGAUGUCAAAAUAAAGGGGCAGCCAUUUUAAACCUAUCAAUGUGUAUU